GAAACAGCCCCGAAGAAGGGAGGUUCCACUUGCCCUUUUGUUUACAGAGUUUUAGUUAUGGGGAGUGUUUUAGCAACUUUUUUUUUUUAUGUCAUGUUUUAACAACUUUUUUGUCAUGUUUUAAUGACUUUUUUUUUUUUUUUUUCCAAGGGAUAACUUCUAACCAUACCGAUGAUUCUCCGUAUAGCUGGUCUUUUCCACCUUAUCAUCCUUCCUCUGAGAAGUAUGAAAACACUAAGACAUGUCGAGGGCCAGACGGAGAACUCCAUGCCAACCUGCUUUGCCCUGUGGAUGUGGUGGAUGUGCCCGAGGGCACCUUGCCUGACAAACAGAGCACUGAGCAAGCCAUACAGUUGUUGGAAAAGAUGAAAACGUCAGCCAGUCCUUUCUUCCUGGCCGUUGGGUAUCAUAAGCCACACAUCCCCUUCAGAUACCCCAAGGAAUUUCAGAAGUUGUAUCCCUUGGAGAACAUCACCUUGGCCCCCGAUUCCGAGGUCCCUGAUGGCCUACCCCCUGUGGCGUACAACCCCUGGAUGGACAUCAGGCAACGGGAAGAUGUCCAAGCCUUAAACAUCAGUGUGCCAUAUGGCCCAAUUCCUGUGGAGUUUCAGCGGAAAAUCCGCCAGAGCUACUUCGCCUCUGUGUCAUAUUUGGAUACACAGGUUGGCCGCCUCUUGAGUGCUUUGGACGAUCUUCAGCUGGCCAACAGCACCAUUGUUGCAUUUACCUCGGAUCAUGGUAAGCAUUUUGGAAUUCCCUGGUGAGUCAAAACAUCUGAACUUUCCUGUGAAACAUGCUUUGCAAAAUUGCCAUUGACAUAAACAUGGGUUUGUUCUCUUUUGUGAACCAGUGGUGCCUUGAGUCUGGGAUCCUGGGGUAUUUUUAUGAUCAACUUGUUAGUCCUGAGACCUCUAUCUUAGAUGCUUGACGGAUAGGUGUGGGUGGGUGGGGGAGGGUCUUGUAGCAACUUUUUUUUUUUUCUUGGUGAAUGCAGCAGGAGUGUGGCAGAGCUCUUGUAACCCCCAUUUUUAACCUGGAGGGUUGGAGGUCUUUUAGUUUGGGUGGAGAGGAUCCAGAACAAUCCUGGCAGAGCCCAGCAAGCUGUUCAGGCCUGGCUCCAGCCCUCCUACCCCUAUCCCCACUGUCUUCUCUGCUGCGAGCCUGGGCUUUUCAAGUCUUUAUCUCCUUUAAGGCUGGUUCCUACUUUUCCAAAAAUGAAACUAUCUUUUUAAAAACAUUUUUUUAAUUCUUCAACAUUCCAAGAGCAGGGAAUAAAACAGCAGCUCCCCCCGUUUCCCACUCACCCACUCCCCCAUCUCCGAAUUGUUUUGAAGCAAAUCCCAGAUGGUUCUGUUUUCUGAUCACUAUCUCUAAAAAAUAUUGCCUCUUUUGAAGUAUAACCAUAAUACUGAUAUACUUAGAAAAAGGAAAAUAAUUUAUAUCAUCAAAUAUGAAAUAGGAUAAUAGUAAAUCAUAACCUGUGCUUAU